GAUUUGUCAGGAAAUGAGCUCAUGAAGCGGCUGAAUAGAAAACGUAUUUCCUACACACUGACUAAUUAAGCUCAAGUGUCUCAUUACGGAUAGAUGAUCUGGUCGAGGUUGAAUUAUUCAUUGCAGCUAAAGAGACGGUGAUGGGAACAGUGCUGCAGGACAGGACUCGACACAAUGACCACUAUCAUCUCCCAACAUGUAAUAACCGAGCAAAGAGGAAAGCUUCAGGAUCCGCCUCAAGUCGGAGGAACCCUAACCCUAAUGUGCCUCAAAAUGCAGAAAAAGACCAAGAAAAAGAUUCUUUGGCCAUGGGGAAUGGAUUACAUGCACGAGAGAUGAAGACAAUAUCUACAUCUGUGGUUAUUCAUCCAAGAGAGCUCCUGAUCAAGUCAAAGCACAAGGUGUCUUCCAUAAAAAAUCAUUCGCUGGAAAGACGCUACAGACAGAACCCACGGCAAAGCAAUGAAAAAGACACAAUGCUCUCCCGCUUGGCUCCUGUCCCUGCACCCAGACACGAGUCGACUGUACGAGUGACACAUGAGGUCACGGACAGCGGCAGCGACCUUUCAGACAUGGAGAGACUCCCAGAGCCUGCGUCCGCCACCAAUCCUCCACUGCUUCACCUACGAGAAGAAGUCAUCGAUCCCUCUGACUUCCAACCUUCACGUGCUCCGUCUAGGUCACACGGCGUCUCCCAUGACAGCUACCCUGACUUCUUGCCUCCGCCUUUUAACUCCUGGAGUCUCCGAGAGCUGGCAGUGUAUUUAAACACGGAUGGUAAAAAUGUCCCUCGCUCAAGACCUGUCAACCAGUUCGAGAGAUACUUGGACCGACUUCUGCAGCUAGAAUGGCGGCAAAUCAUGACGCUGCACGAGGAGAGCAGCAAGUCCGUGUGGACUGUACGGCGUAGAACGCAUUCCAGCCUCAGUGCCCCAAAAAGCAUCCUGCAGUGUCAGCGUGCCUUCCCCUUCACCUUACUGUCUUCUGUCCAUCCACAAAGCUGUAACCAUUACUCUGUCUCCGUAUGCACGUACCCUCACCACUCACAUCCGCUGACAGAAAAAAGUGGACUUUCUAGGAGGAGCAGCAGUGAGACUCGGGUUCAUCGUCUUAACAGACUCAGCGAUUCUUCUUUGGACCAUCUGAAACGCAUGCAGGCCAUUGGAAACAUCCGGAACCCGCCAACACACAAUCCUAACAUUAACGUUCCUUCAGCUGUAGAUCCUCCGAGGAGAAAGAGUUCAGGGGGAAGGAGCCGGUCCUGUGGGGACGAGAGCAAAGAUGGUUGUAGAAGAACAAAACCUGAGACAAGAACAGAAACUCACCAUGUAACAGACUCAAAAUCAGUAGGUGUGACUGGAUCUGAGAAAGAACCAGUCAUUGGAAAGCUCGCUGAGAAACACAAGCAUGUCAGGUUUGUUUUUCAGGAACAAGAAAUGACACGAACAUUCUCAUCCAAACAUCAUUUGGAUAGUUCUUCACUUCCUAAGAACCUUCUAGGAACCAUCUCUGAUACACAAUAAUCAUUCCAACAGUUUAAUAUGGAGAUAUAAAAACCAGCAACUGAACUAAAACCCUUAAACUAAGGUUCUCCAGCUUUCCCCAUUUUGGGGAAACUUUAAAGAUUCUAAGAAACCGAAUGUUUGACUCUUUUCCAAACUAGAACCAUAUUAAGAAGCUAAAAAUCUCUAACUAUACAAAGAACCUCACGAAGAACCCCCAGAGGAACCUGUUCUAAGAGUACAGGAUUCAAAUAUAUAUAUAAAAAAGAAUGUACAGUAUUUCUGUCUAUAAUUGGCAAGUUAUGGAAGCUAAUGUCUUUACAUAAAUGGUAUUCUACUCUCAUACAGAAGAUUUCUCAAAAGUUCUAUGGUUGGUUAAUGGUUCUCCGCUUCAUAAAUGGGUUAUGGAACCUGUCAAAUCAGAAAAUCCUUUGUUAGCGCUUUCGACAUACAACCUACAUUUUAAAGGUUUCCCCUUGAGGGACAAAAAUGCUUUAAGGUUCUAGCUUAUUGAAGAUUACCUGAAGAAAUCAAGAAUACUACUGUUUGUAAUUUACUUUACUGUUAUUUUAAGUCUCAUUCAUUUUCCAGACAUAUUUACUUAUUUCUUUCUUUCUCUCUCUCUCUCUCUCUCUCUCUCUCUCUCUCUCUCUCUCUCUCUCUCUCUCUCUGUUUAAAAAUACACUUAAUUUUGUUUAUUUUAUUUUAUUAUUUAAGUUAAAGUUAAAUCAGUAUUCAAGAGUACACACAGCAUUCUACACACUCCAAUUGCAUACAAAUUGCAUUUACAGAAUUUUGUUUAAAAAACCCAGUUUUUUUUAUUGAUAUAAUUUUGUUUAUUGGUAUAAUUUACCAAAGUAUCUUUAAGCAUUUUGUAGUUGUUGCUCUGUUUACCUACAGUCAGUGCAUGUUUACCCUGCUUCAUUUAUUCCUUUUUUAAAAUUGUUUAUAUUUUCUGUAUCAUUUAGUAUGCAUUUAUUAUUACUUUAGAAUAUGUAAAUAUUGUUUAAAUAUAUCUAGGUUAUUGUCUUCCAUUAUUUGAAUCAUUCUGAUAUUUCACUUAUUUUUGAGGAGGUCGGAAAUAAUUUGUUAUGGGGUGCAACUAUCAAAGUUUUCAGCAAUAUUUAUUAUUUAAAAUCCUCUCUAUUUAAAUAUUGAAAAUAUUUUUUCUAUAAGAACUCUAAACAGUCCAAUAAGUCACUUUAUCUUACUUAGAACACUGUAUCUGAAUCUCAACACAAGAACAAAUGUAAUUUAUUCAUUUAUUUAUUAUUGCUGCAUGUUGUUGUUAAUUAUGGUUAUUUUAUUAAAAUUACAGUAUAACCGUU